AUGCCCAUUCGAGCCAAAAGGCACCCAGCCUCAAAAACGGCUCAUGCACGGUACUCGAAGAAAAGUCGCAAUGUGAUGGUGGACAUAGAGAAACAACCUGCACGCCCUAAACAUCACUAUCGCCAAUAUAGCCAGAGUUCAUAUGACUCCGAUACGGAUACUGAGGAUGACUCCACCAGCUCCUCCGCUUCUUCGUUUCGCCCUAUGCUAAAUGAUGCGCCGGCGCGCCGGCCGCCUCGCAUUGGGUUGGGCUAUCGCGUCCCCCACCGAGUCAUGCGAUGGCUCUGCAUGGGGUUGCUUUCAUUCCUCGUGCUUUUCAUUAUCGUUCUGUUUCGAUUCACAUUUCUCUCCACUGUUAGUCGGGUCAAUGUCCCGCUGCCCAAGCCUAGCUCCAAGCCGCCCGCUUGGGAAAGCUUUCCCUUUCUCAAGCGCUAUCAUGGGGGCAUCCGAACCUUGGUCACGCGCGCAGAAAAUGUACCCGAGUAUCCCAACGACAGCUUGGAAGCGAUGGAUGCUGGCAACACUGACUCGCAGAACCAUACCAGCAUCUCGAAGCGCGACCAAACCGUACCGUUUUCAAGCUUGGUCUUCAACCCGUACCCUGACUACGCUUCCCCAGAGUACAUCGCCAAGUAUGGAGAGAAGCACGAAUGCUUUCUAGAUGAGGAUGGAACUAUGCGGGUUCCUUUGGUUCAUCACUACCCUGGCGUGCCUCGCGGAUUUCCUGACCCGGUCAUAGGCUCCAAUGAAUUGCUUGGCAUUAAGGAUGACGUUUGCUUCGAUCGAUUUGGCCGCCUUGGGCCAUAUGGUAUGGGUUACAGUGUCCGAAAAGGUGGAAUCGGUGCAGGCCUCGAAGGAGAACGUGAGGGCGCUGAGCGUGUCUGGGAAGAUUAUCCACCGGUCGAUUUCCGGAAAGUGGAUUGGGCUGCUGCUCAAAAUCGAUGCAUUGCCACAAACAACCAUCGCUUCAUAGAGCUCCCUCCACCGCGUCUCAACCGCUUUAUCUCCAUGCCGAUCGGAGUUCCAACCUUGGAUGAUGCAGCAACGACUUUGCCUUCCCCGGAAAACGAUCAGCAAGAACAGACUGAACGUGAACGGCUGCCCCGGACUGCGUUUGUUCUGCGCACCUGGCACGACUACCACUAUAGUCCUGAUGACAUUCUGUAUUUGCGUUCGCUGAUCUCGGAACUGUCCCUGCAGUCCGGCGGCGAGUAUGCAAUCCACUUUUUGGUCCAAGUCAAAGAUGAGAAUCUUCAGAUCUGGGCUGACGACGAAACAUAUGAGCGUGUGCUCUCAGAUGCCUUGCCGGCCGAGUUCCGUGGUAUGGCGACGCUUUGGUCUGAGCGGCAAAUGGCGCUCAUGUACCCCGGUCUGGAAGAGACGUGGGCUAGCGGACUCUCUGUGCACGGUGUCUAUCGCAGCACCCAUAUGCCCAUGCAGUACUUUGCUUACCAACAUCCGGAAUACGACUAUUAUUGGAACUGGGAGAUGGAUGCUCGAUAUACAGGACACUGGUAUCAUCUUUUCGACAAGGUUGUCAGCUGGGCGCGAGAACAGCCCCGUAAGGGCCUCUGGGAACGAAAUGCGCGCUUCUACGUCCCGUCCGUUCAAGGGACGUGGGAGGACUUCCGACAGAUGGUGCGCGUGCAGACCGAGAUCGGCACCAACAGUCCGAACAACAUGUGGAGUGCACCAAAGCCCGGCCAAGACAAGUCAGCAGCCGAAAAGAACGCCCUGCACCAGCAAGGCGACAAGUCCGUCUGGGGCCCCGAGCGGCCCGCGGAGCAGGACAUCCUCGAGGUCGAAGGCGAAGGGAUCCCGCCUACCACGAUGGAGAAGGACCGAUACGAGUGGGGCGUCGGCGAGGAGGCGGACCUGAUCGUGUUCAACCCUCUCUUCGACCCCGAAGGCACGACCUGGGCGCUCCGCGACGACGUGACCGGCUACGACCGGUCCGCCGGCAUGAUGCCUCCGCGCCGCACGGCCAUCAUCACCGCCUCCCGCAUGUCCCACAAGCUGCUGCACACCAUGCACCAGGAGACCGUCCGCAAGCGCCACACCAUGUUCUCGGAGAUGUGGCCCGCCUCGACGGCCCUCCAGCACGGCUUCAAGGCCGUCUCCAUCCCCCACGCCCUCUACCUCGACCGCCGCUGGCCCACCAAGUACGUCGACUCGGUCUUCAACGCCGGCCGCAACGGCGCCUCCGGCGGCGCCCGCACCUCCGUCUUCGGCGACCGCGAGCACAACUUCCGCGGCACCACCUGGUUCUACUCGGCGGGCUUCGCGCCGAACCUCUGGCGCCGCUGGCUGGGCUUCAAAGUCGAUAACGACGGUGGCGAGCAGGAGGAGCUCGCCGGCGAGGGCCGCAUGUGUCUUCCCCCGAUGCUGCUCCAUCCCAUCAAGGAUGUCGAGAUGAUUAUCGAUGACGGUGAACAGGCGAGAGAUUGA